GGAAAGCUGUCCAGCCAACGGGAAAGAGCAAGUGGGACAAACUAACAUUCGCACUGCAACAGGCACAGCAGACAUGUGAAAAAAAAGCAAAAUAAGAGAGAUUGCCAAGGGGGGAAACAAGAUUUUCCAGGCACCCCUCAGUCUUCCAGAACCACAUUCCUUACAGAUUCUUCUCCUUCACAAAGCUCAACAUGAAACUUCCAGGAGAGGCCCGGAGCAGCUUAAAAGAAGACAGGAAUGGACAGAGUUGAAAUUCAUUCACCUAAGGAAAAAGAGAACAGGGUGCAGAAAGGGGAAAGACAAGCACUUGCUGCCAUAGACCCUCCAGGCUGCUUUUCACGGAUUUCCUCCUCCAAAAAGCAUCCCUCAACAUUGAUCUUGGCAUCACCAUGACUGCUCAUGGCUUCUUCUGGGACCUGUGGGCUUUUGUAAGCUUUGGGGUUUUCCUGCUGGUCCGUGGGCAACAUGCCCAAAGCAGCACUAACACGGACAACGGGCACUGGAGGCAGAUGAUCCAAUGGGAAAACAACGGCAGAGUGUACAGCCUCCUGAACUCGGGCUCAGAGUAUGUCCCAGCCAGCCAGGUGAGGGCCGACAGCAGCACAAGGGUCAUGUUGGCGGAUGCUGCCACCCACCAAACCCGAAGGGUGCCAGGGAACACCCGACGGCAAGCCCCAACCUUGCCAGUCAGGGCAGGAUCAGAUACCGUCCGGGGACAGACACGGCAUCCCUUUGGCUUUGGACAGGUGCCAGACAAUUGGAGAGAUGGGGCCACCGGGGAUGGUCACUCCAACUCCCAACGGCCUCGAUCGCCCACCACUCGGCAGCGUCAAGUUGGCUCUUCUUCCUCUGCUUCUUCCUUUUCGCAGACCUCUUUUGGUCAACUCUACCCACAGUCCUCUUAUCCACAGCCGCCUUAUGUCAACCAGUAUGAGACCUAUGAUCCACAGGUGCCUCGUGCCUAUGAUGAGACCUAUACCUACUAUCGUACCGCAGGAACUGGAGGGAGUGCUGUGGCUGCGGCCGCAGCCAGUGCUGGAGUCAUAUACCCUUUCCAGCCACAGGUGAGAUAUGAAGAGUAUACGGAAGAUCAGACCCCUUAUCGAGCCCAAGGAUACUAUCCAGCCCCAGAGAGACCCUACGUCCCUGUGCCCCAGCAGCUUCCAUCCUCCGAUGGCUUAGACCGAAGGUACUCACACAGCCUCUACCAUGACACAGGAACUAGCUACGACCAAAGUGUCCAAGACCCUUAUUCCUCCACCCAGAACCAACAGUCUGUGGGCCAAGGGGUCCCCCUUGCAGACAACUUGCAUCUCAAUUCUGGAUCUCCUGUGAGUACUGGCACCCAGUACAGGAAUGAGCCAUGGGUAGGCCAAUAUCCACCUUUUGGGGAUGUGCCAGGAGAGCCUUAUGUUCCUUCUCGUAACGUGGAAGCUCAGCCACCCUUCCGACCCUUAGACCCCCAAGGGGUCCCUAGGCCUGAGCCAUAUCUCCCCAUCCGGAAUGCGGAGCCUCCCCAACUGAUUCCAGACAACCAAGGUGUUAACCAAGGUCGGAUGAGCGUGGGCAGCAUCUACAGACCAAAUCAGAACGGACGGGGCCUCCCAGACCUUGUACCUGAUCCAAAUUAUGUCCAGGCUUCAACUUAUGUCCAACGGGCUCACCUCUAUUCCCUCCGUUGCGCUGCAGAAGAAAAGUGCCUUGCAAGCACUGCCUAUACCCCUGAAGCCACAGACUACGAUGUCCGGGUGCUCUUGCGUUUCCCCCAGCGAGUGAAGAACCAGGGGACAGCAGAUUUCCUGCCCAAUCGGGCUCGCCAUACCUGGGAGUGGCACAGCUGCCAUCAGCAUUACCACAGCAUGGAUGAAUUCAGCCACUACGACUUGCUAGAUGCUGCCACAGGCAAGAAAGUGGCCGAGGGCCACAAAGCGAGUUUUUGCCUGGAAGACACCACCUGUGACUUUGGGAACCUCAAGCGCUACGCCUGCACAUCACACACACAGGGUUUGAGUCCUGGUUGUUAUGAUACAUAUAAUGCUGACAUUGAUUGCCAGUGGAUUGAUAUCACCGAUGUACAGCCUGGGAACUAUAUUCUAAAGGUCCAAGUGAACCCCAAAUAUAUUGUGAUGGAGUCAGACUUCACCAACAACGUGGUGAGGUGCAACGUUCACUACACUGGGCGCUACGUGGCCACUACAAAUUGCAAAAUCUCCCAGUCUUAAUUUCCAACCAGAUGGUAGACGCCUUCUCCUCUCUCCACUCCAAAUAUUUCUCAAGGUGGAAGAACCCAACAAAGCAGCGAUCAGAGGGUGACCAGCAUCUUUCUGAGAUUUUUUUUCAAAAAAUCAAAAACAUGGCAUUGUUAUGUUUUGAGAGCACAAGUUAAAAUGACAAUUGUCACUUCAAAUACUUUUAUAAAGCCUUGGUUUUUAACCUC